AUGCCUUUCAAAGUUCGAGAUAGCAGCGCCGAACGGCGGCGGCAGAAAAAGGAAUCUUCAAGGCUGGAAAGGUCAGAAAGAGAUCGCAAGGACAAAGACCGAGAUAAAGACCGAGAUAAAGAUCGUGAAAGACAUCGGUCGCACCGCAAAGUAUCUACGAAGGAGAAGACGUCCUCCAGAACCUCCCUUUCGCCUGCAGACAGUCAGAGACGGGCCUCGAUGCCUGGAAAAGUUGAAGAUGCACCACUCAAAUCCGAUUCCAAGUCUAGUCUGCCAUAUCCGUCCUUCUCCAAAGAACACAGCCGUGAAGCGGUGGGAGGGCCGGCCCGACCUAGCCUGAAUGUCUACACUCCGCCCACAACGGAUCUGAAUGGGUCUAAGGAUAGGCUGUCCUCCACAAAGCAGACUGCUACCUCCAACAAUGCUCCUCCUAGCCCGCCUCUUACCGACAAGAACUCCGGAUUUGGGAAGUGGAAGCCUAACUCUGGUAAACCAGUGUCGGUAGAGAUGAUACCAGAAGAGAAGGCUUCAAAGAGUGGCAAAGAUUCGAAGAUCGGGGCGAAACUACGGCCACACUCGUCGAGAUCUAAUGGCCAUCUACGAAGUACAUCUGAGCUAGGACCUGACGCCUCCCCGAGAAGGAAACAUCGAGAUGCAGCAGACUCUCCACUGAAAACGACAAUGACAGUGCAUGACACCGUUCCUCAGAGGUCUGUCAGCCAGCCCACCAGAAUGGAGUCACCGGCCACGGCAACGAGCAUCAGCGAAUCAGUUACAAAUGUGAGUUCGGAUGCCACGUCCAUAGCCCCCGAACAACCAAGCAUGCAACGACCAGGCUCAAAGGCACCACCAGCGGCGGCGCAAACCCCAGAUGCACAUCAAUAUGGUGCUCCUGGGGGACGGCCCCCGUCGCGUGGGACUACGCCAUUCAAGGUGCAUGUUGAAGGAGGAUCAUCGGUAUUAUCCGCGACACCAGGCUAUGGCUCGGCCACGCCAGGACCACCGCCUCCUCCACCGCCUCCUAUGCCUGCUACCGUUCCAAAGGUCGAUUAUUUGCUUCAGCACGGUGGCUUAAAUCAACCGGUCCCGAAGAAACUAUUGCUGGCUGGCAAACCCAUGGCAGUCCAACAAGCUCAAUCUAUGAAUCAACCGCCAGUUGUGGUAGCAAACCUGUUUGAACCAUAUACUGCUUUGCUUGAUGACUACGAGAAGGUCAUGUCCAAGAAUGGGUCUCUUGCUGUGGCCACAGGAUACCGAUCUGUGGCCCGUCGAUUGCUUGACAGGCUUGAGGCGGUCUUUGCGCGUGAUAUUUCCUCCGAAGCCUGCCAGUGUCCCAUGUGUGAGUACGACCACUCGCAUGAUGUACGAGGUGUGAGCUGGGGUGAGGUUCUGGAACUGGUGUCUGGACGCAAAGACCUCCCUCCAUGGCCUCCGUUUGCAUUUACACAGUCUCCGGUUGGAUUGGGAAUCUCGCUCGAACUGCAUGUGCCCAUGCAGAAGCUUGACAUUGACGUGCCUGAGGAAUACCGAGAACAUUAUAUUCGACAAUCGCGCAAGACCAAACAAAGCGUCGACAAGUGGCUGAACCGGCAAACUGACAGCCCGAGUUCUCCACCAGAAGAAGUAGAUGAUGAGACACUCACGUUCGCCAUCCUCACGCAUCUUCCUGCGGAGCAAAGACCUGUUUUCAAAGGUUUGUUGGGUAUCGUGGACCGAUCGAUAGAGCCGCCUCGCCGGGCCCCGACGCCGCAAGCACCGACACAGAAUGGUGCAGGUCUUCGAGUUCCCCAGCCGACACCAACACCAACACCUGGCCCGCGAAUUCGACCAGAGCACAUUGUCACGGCAUCUCUAGCGAUUCAACGGUUGUAUCGACUGGGUGUGGCACCGCGAGACUCGGAAACUGCAUUGUUUCUACUCAAUAACCCUACACUGCACAAUGCGCUAGCCACGCUGGCCGCCAUCUCCAACGACGAGUGGGACAUAUUGACUUCCGGUCGAUUUGACGGGUUCUUACGGAGUGGAGCCGAAGAGGUACCUAUGGUCCCUGAGGUGAAUACUCCUUCGAGAGGACCGACACCACACCGGCCUCCCACAAGAGGGACCACACCCGGACACUCUGGUGGAGCGCCAACGGGAGGGUCAGACUCCAACGGCUACCGGUCACCACAAGGAAGCCACAGCUAUGCUCCGCCACCCGCCGCAACCGCACAAUAUGGCGCUCCCAUAGCAUUCGACGAAGAAACCGAGCUUGCCACUCUGGCCGAGGUGGAACGCGACAUCUAUGCCGGGAUGGAGGCGCUCGAAGAUGCAUUCGAGGCCUUGCACAACAAAGCGGAGAUGGUCCGUCGGGCACUACGUGAACGGGCUGCUGGUCUGGCUGCGGCCGCGCAACGACGACGUGGCAAUCUGGGCGGGGGAGUUGAAGUGCGGAUGGGUACACCGGCUAGUGGGAUCUAUCCAAAUUUUGCUGACGGUGCAGGCGGGAACGGCGAGGGAGUUGGAAAGCCAUGGGAUGCAGGAACGGAUGAUGGUCUAGGCGAGUGGGACGGAUACAGUGAGAUCGAACCAGACGAUUCAGCCAGUAAUAUCUCGAGUGCCAGAAGACGGCGGCCAAAACGGAGGAAUGAGCGACGAACUCCGGCGUUGAUCGAGGAGGAAGACGAGUACGACGAUGUGAUCAGUGAAGGCACGGGCAGUCCACGAAAGCGAUGA